CGAGAUGAAGAUUGUGUUCGUCUUUUGACUGAGUUUACUGUGUGCAUGCUGAGAGAGGCAAGCACUGCAUAUAUCGCAUAAGUAGAUUGAUAAUUUAUGUUGACCCUGCAGGCCUCUGCUCCACAUAAACAAGGCAAGGAGAGCCCGCAGACCAGUUUGCAGCAAGUCCAGAUGGAGAGGAGGACUGAUUCGAGGAGGCAGGUUGAUCCGAUGGAAAAGAUGCUUAGCUUGCUGGAGGAUCUCCAAGCCAUCAAAAGUUCAGGUGACCAGAAUCUGCAGGAAGCCCAGAAUGAGACGUGGCAGCUGAACAAGAAAGUGGAGGCGCUGGAAGGAAACAUUAAGAAAUUGUGCCAGACUUUGCUAUCCCACGAGAAAACUGUCUCGAGCACCAUCGCCUCUGACAGGCAGACAGAGUCAGAUUUGCUGGCAGAACAUGUGAAGAGUGACGACCGCAGUGGAGGAGAGAUUGACAAAAAAACGGCGCCCUUAAUUGCAAGCCUUGGCCAGGAGGUGGCGAUGCUGAACCACAAACUGCGCUCAUCCAAAGAGAGCGGCGCUCGCAUCAGCACCACACUGGACCUUCUGAUGAGAUCCCUACAUCAGGUCAGUGAAGAAGGCCCACUGGAGGAGGUGCAGGCCCCAGGAGGAGAGCAAGAUGUGACCGAGGAGGAGAAUUCCCAAGAAGCAAUGCAGAUCCACCUGGCUGCAGACUCUCAGCGUGUUGAGGCGGAGGACCCGGAGAAGCAGCAACUCGCCGCCCAGCUGGAGGUGCAGCACAGGCGCCUGCUCGCCAUCACUAGUAGGUUUCUCAAUGUAGAGGUUGCCCUCUUGUGGGUUCCCCUGAUCGCGACAGACCUUCUUGAGAGCCCGGUAGUCAGGUUCAAUAAUAUCUUUAUUGUGCGCACACGCGCCAGGUCAGCACUCUGUUCAGCAACUUUUCAGUCUUUCGGCUGCUCUCCCUCUUGCGGCGUGGUCUCGGGCGCAUGGGUGUGUGUCGUCUGGCUCAAACUCCAACUCCAUCAUCGUGUGUCGGCCCGGCCGCUGCUGAUAAGCAUGGCAGGUGAUUGGAUGAUCAGCCCCAGCUGGGUAAUCCAAUCACCUGUCAGCUGUGCUUCGAGGCCGGUCCAUACACACCCCAUUCCUGCAGGAGGCGCGCCGACCACGCCCCCUCCACACUCAACCUUUGUGGUUAUCGGCUUUGAUUUCUGCACGCUUUCUUCACUUUCACUUCCUGUCAGGUGCGUGGUAAAUAAUUAAUAAAUGAUAAAUGGGUUAUACUUGUAUAGCGCUUUUCUACCUUCAAGGUACUCAAAGCGCUUUGACAGUAUUUCCACAUUUACCCAUUCACACACACAUUCACACACUGAUGGCGGGAGCUGCCAUGCAAGGCGCUAAACAGCAGCCAUCAGGAGCAAGGUGUGAAGUGUGUGGUCUACGAAAGAUUUAAAAAAAAACACAGGGUCUCUAAUUAAAAACAUUGGCCUUUACAACUGUGGCAAGAGGCAACCCCCUGACAUAUAAUUUGACAAUAAUUUAACAUUUGAAGUAUGAUGAGUGGUCAGCAUCCAGCAGCUACCUCUGUAUGCACUUUAAAAUAUUUAAGUUAAGUUAACUUAAAUAUUUAAAGUACCAAUGAU